AGCUAUAGCCCUACUACAAACGCUUCAUCCAGCGACAUCCACUCGCUGCAGUCCAUCUGAUCUGAGUCCUCGCGCCAACUCACAAACACGAACACUCUCAAGUGCCAGCAUUGUCGCCUACAUCGCCUUGUCUCCCCAAUCGCCCUUCCAGAAUGCUGGCCGCGACCCUCUUGCUGACUGCUGCCGUCGCGGGCCUGCAGAUCCCCGGUCUCGCGCCAACCGAGUACCGCGUUGGCGACCCUGUUCCCAUCUUUGUUAAUGCACUCACACCGACACAAUCACGGGAAGAUCAAUCCAUCGCUAAUGUUGUCUCCUAUGACUACUACCUCCCUCGCUUCCAUCACUGUAUUCCCGAAGGCGGUGUGGCUGCACAGUCGGAAUCUCUGGGCAGCACAUUGCUAGGUGAUCGCAUUUACAACUCGCCCAUUAAUAUCCGUUUCUUGGAGGAAGAGCAGUGUAAGCACAUUUGCACAACCAACGUGCCACCUGAAGAUGCAGGCUUUAUUAAUGAACGUAUCCGCGAAGGUUAUGUUGUGCAAUGGUUGAUUGAUGGUCUUCCAGCGGCUAGCGUCAUGUAUGAUGCUGCAUCGGGACAGAUCUUUGAUGCGCCUGGUUUCGCACUGGGCAAAGGCUGGCGACAGACUUCUGAAGGUGGCUUUGAACCUAUUGCCUACUACAACAAUGCAGUCGAAAUUCUGAUUGAAUACCACAAAUUAGAUGAUGAGGAUCACCGCAUCGUAGGCGUUUCCGUGCGUGGCAGCUCACACAAGAAGAAGUGUGGCGACGAGGAUCCCUUGGAGCUGAGUGAAACGCCCGGUGCAACCAACCAUAUCCCUUUCUUCUAUACCGUUUCUUGGCAAGAAUCGGAACAAACUUGGGCUACGCGAUGGGACCGUUACGUCUACUCCUUUGGCGCAAAGCUACACUGGUUCUCGCUCAUUGAGAGCUUUGCCGUUGUAGUCUUCCUCUCUGCCAUGGUGGCAAUGGUGCUCAUUCGAACACUCAAGAAGGAUAUUCAGCGAUACAACGCGUUGGAUCUUGAGCAGGAAGACGUCAAUGAAGAUUCUGGCUGGAAGCUCAUCCACGGAGACGUCUUCAGACCACCCUCAAAACCCAUGCUGCUGUCUGUCAUGCUUGGAAAUGGUCUUCAGCUCUUCCUCAUGGUCGGCACGACCAUUCUAUUUGCCCUGCUUGGCUUCUUGCGUGUGCAAAACCGUGGGUCACUUGCAACAGCAGCCAUCGUGUUCUUUGCACUUUAUGGCUUUGUCGGUGGAUUCGCCUCUGCUUUGCUUUACAAGUCGCUCGGUCAAGCAGAAAGAUUCAAGACGCUCCUCUUCUUGACGCCGACUUUCGUCCCUGGCAUUGUCUUUGGUGUCCUCGUAUUCCUCAACUUCUUCUUGGUUCAUCAAGGUUCCUCUGGUGCUGUUCCCCUUGGUACGCUCUUUGCGCUGGUAGCACUCUGGUUCCUCGUCACACUACCGCUCUCCAUCUUUGGCGGUUGGCUCGGCUUCAAAAGAUCCCUGCCCGCGGACCCAGUUCGCACAAACCAGAUCCCUCGUCAAAUUCCAGAUCAGUCCUUCUACCUUAAGGCACUGCCGUCUAUUCUGCUGUCCGGCGCUUUACCCUUCGGCGCCAUUUUCGUCGAGCUCUACUUCAUCAUGUCGAGUGUUUGGCUCAGCUACAUCUAUCAACUCGGUGCGUUCCUCUUCCUCGCAUACGGCAUCCUGAUUGUUACUUCGGGUCUCGUGACUAUCCUCAUGACUUACUUCCAGCUCUGCAGCGAGAACUAUCAUUGGUGGUGGCGAAGUUUCUUCACUGGCGCAGCCAUUGCACCGUAUGUCUUCCUCAACGCCGUCUUCUACUAUGUGACAAAGUUCAGAGGUACGAGUUUGACCACCAAAGUGCUGUACUUUGGAUACUCGGGUUUACUGGCGUUCUUGGUGGGUAUCCUGGGUGGCACUAUUGGAUUCUUUGCGAGCUACUGGUUUAUUCGUAAAGCGUACGGCAGUAUCAAGGUAGACUAGUACCUUGACGGUUCUGUAGUAGCCAUUCGGCUGGUCAAUUUUCUCACUCGCUUUUGCUUUUAAAUGAUUCAGAAGGUCAGUGGACUCAGCCUAGAGGUUUCAUUCAUAAUAUCAGGCUAACAACAUGCCACACCUGCCACCCAGGUGA